AUGAGUGGCAGUGAGAUUCCUCAAUACAGUUCAUCAGAGGAUAGUUCGGAUGUUGUUCUUGAUCAGCCUGUCCCAAAGAAAAGAAGAAAGAAGGUUGAUAAGCAGUGGAAAAGAGAACAGGUAUUCAGUAACAAAGCUUUGGAUGAAAAAUCAGUAAAAGAAGAAGGUAUUUGGAGCUUUUAUCAUAAAAAUGUCGAUACAGAGGGCAACUUUCCUAAUUCUGCUGUGGAUCCUGAUUCUAAGGUAAUUGCAGACCAGAAAUCUGGAAUACUUCCUAGCGAUAUAGAACUAGACAAUUCAUCAAGGGAUCUUCUGUUGAGGUUGCUAGAACUCAAUCCUACUCGAAGACUUAGGUCUUUUCGAACUUUGGAAACUAUUGCCUUCUAUAAAGGCUUUAACUUUAGGAACAUUAAAGAUAAGAAGACGAAACCUAAUGAUUUAUUAAAAUUAUGUUUUUCCCCUCAUGGAUCGAAGAAUUCUAAAGAUCAUAAAGAAGCCUUUGAAGAUUUUGAGAAAGUCUGACGACAACAAUUAACAAAACAGGCUAAUUUAGAAAACACAAUAUAUGGAAUAAAUUCAUAUACUCAAUUUAAAAUUUUGAAA